AUGUAUAAGGGUUUCCUUUUCAUGGUAACUCCCUUUGUACCACUGCAACAUCAGGUGGCGGGUCAUAAUGGCUCUAUGCAGAGUGUUGAUGGAUCGUUAUUUUGUAAGGCUGCAAAGCAUCGAGAGAUCAAGUUUUACAAUGAUUCUCAUGGCAAAAUGAUGGAUCCUUCAGAUUCGCUGGCUCUAGGUUCAUUGCUCAUAGACUGGAUGCCUGUAUAUCUGGGGACUCUUGACCCUGGACUCAGUGAUGAGCUUUCUUCCAAGAAAUCGGAUAUUGUCGAUGGUAACCAGAAUACGCUUGGUAAGGUUGGUCAGAAUGAGACAUUUCUUGUAUUGGAGAACGUGCUCUACGGCUAUCGAAAACCUAACAUAAUGGAUAUCAAGCUCGGAAAUAUUUUGUACGAUGAAACAGCGGAUAAAGCUAAAGUGGAGAGAAUGAAAGAGGUUUCAAGAAGUACCACUAGUGGCUCGCUUUCAUUCCGAAUAUGUGGGGUUCAGAUCAGUGACGACUUUCAUGGAGAAUUACCGGCAAGCAUAGAAAAUUGUAAGAUGGAGGAUGUGUGUCACAGGAAGCCGGACGGGUAUCUUACUUUUGAUAAAAGAUUUGGCAGAAGUCUCACCGAAACGAGUGUAAGGGAUGCUUUGAGACUAUUCUUUAGGGGUAAUUGCCUUGCGAAGGUGAUUCAGGAUAAGAUAGUAGACAACUUUGUAAUCAGAUUACAGACGCUAUAUAACUGUUUGUUGGACACCGAGGUGAGGAUAAUUUCUGGUUCCUUACUUUUUGUAUUAGAAGAUGAUGAGCAAAGAUGGAAGGAUAUGGAAUAUGAAGACCCAGUACUUGAAGAGAGGUUAAUUGAUGAUAGCGACGAUGAAGAAGAAGAAGAAGAAGAAGGAGGAGGAGGAAGCAUAAUCUCGUCAUCCCUCAGCUGUCUAAAGUUCAUUGAUUUCGCACACGCUAGAUAUACUCCAGGAGAGGGAUACGAUGAAGGGCUUAUUAAAGGAGUAGAAAACCUCCUCAAGUUGAUGGCGGACAUAUAG